AUGUUAUCAGGUCGCAUACGACCGCGUCUAGUGCGCGUGACCACGUCCAUCGUACGGACACAUACCAAGCGUUCCUUAUCAACAAAUCACUUCUCUCCAAACUGGAAAGCUUACAUUGCGACUGCCGGCUUGAUCAGCACGCCCGGAAUCUGGUGGUUGACCGCUGCAAGGGAUGAUGUACCCCACCUCGAGUGUCCAUUAGCGGAGCACUUGGCCCCGGAGCCGGGUCCCUCCAAAGAGGAUAUCACACAUAUGUUAUCGAAAGAGGCAUACUCCUUCCAUGUCAGAAAUAUUACAGGUGUCACCAGAUACGACGGCGCCCAGUUGGCGUCCAAUAGCCCCUGUGAGGACCGGUUUAUUCAUGGCGAAGUUUCUUCACCGUGGAAUGAAAAUGAUCAAUGGAUGUCCUGGGCUGUUUUUGAUGGACAUUCAGGUUGGCAGACAGCGGACCUAUUGACGAAGCAACUCCUGCCUUUCGUGCGACGCAGAUUGUCCGAAGUUAACUCACCGGUAUCAAAUGAGUCAGUGCAGCGCGCUAUCAUGAAAGGAUUCGUGGACCUCGAUGAUUCCAUUAUCAAGACUGCACCGGACACAUCUAAGAGCGAAGAAUCAUUCCAAGACAAGGUCAAAAAACUGAUUCCUGCUUACGCUGGUUCAUGCGCUUUGUUGUCUCUAUACGAUCCUAUCACAAGCACGCUGCACGUUGCAUGUACUGGGGAUUCGAGAGCGGUUUUAGGACAAAAAGGAGCAGACGGCAAGUGGGAGACAAUUCCCUUGUCAGUUGACCAAACUGGCAGUAACGAAGAAGAGACCACCCGCAUUUCUAAGGAGCACCCUGGCGAGGAAAACAUAGCCAAAGAUGGACGGGUUCUUGGAAUCAUGGUCUCAAGAGCCUUUGGUGACAGUCUCUGGAAGUGGCCGUUAGAUUUUCAGAAGGAAAUGAAGCGGAAAUUCAAUGGUCCAGCCCCUCUAACACCACGGCGUGAUAUUCGCACACCUCCAUACUUGACUGCCGAGCCGGUCGUGACAAGUACUAAGAUUGAUCCUAACAAACCUUCGUUCUUGAUUAUGGCAACGGAUGGGCUAUGGGAUUGUCUCUCCAGUGAGCAGGGUGUCGACUUGGUAGUGAACUGGUUGGAACCACAAGGGACCGAGGAGAACAAGACAGAUGGGGAAUUUGACUUCGGCAGAUUCUGGACAGAUGUGAACUGGCAGUUUGAGAAGGAGAGAAUGACAAUCCAAGAUGAAAAUGCAGCAGUACAUCUGAUGCGUAACUCCCUUGGUGGAAAUUACCACGAGUUGAUAGCAGGCCGGCUUGCCUUUGACCCUCCUUUGUCUCGACGGGUACGGGAUGAUAUCACUGUGCAAGUUGUCUUUUUUAAUACCGAGAAGUGA